AUGCUUCCAAUCGUAGUUCAGUUUUUCUCAAAAUUUGGUGUUAAACAUGGGAUUUUUGAGUUCAUCGAACAACAACAUGAAUCAGCUGAUGCAUUAUUCAAUAAUAUAAAAUAUGUGAUAGAGGCAAAUGGACUUAAUCUUAAUCAACUCGUUUCAAUUGGGUCCGAUAAUACCAACGUGAAUGUUGGUAACAAUCACAGCGUGUUUGCUUUAUUUAAUAAGUUGUUACCUCGUUUAAUUAAAGGCAAUUGCUAUUCUCAUAUUCUUCAUAACUCAGUAAAGCAUGGGAAUGAAUAUUUAUUGUUUGAUAUUGAAGGUGUAUUAUUAAAGAUAUACGCUCAUUUCGGUAGAUCGUCAAUUCGCUCACACGAGCUUACCAGAUAUUUCGAAUUUGCUGAACAAGAGCAAAAAGUAAUUCUUAAACAUAUUCGAAUACGAUGGCUUAGUCUUUUACAAUCUAUUGAACGUCUUAUUGCUGUAAAUCCAGUUAUUAAAAGUUAUUUUUUAAAUCUUGAAAACAAUGAAUGUCCGAACUUGUUGUUAAAGUUUUUCACUUCAAAUAAAGGUGAAUGUUCAUUGUACUUUUUAGCGAACAUUCUACCAGAAGUACAAGCUGCUAAUUUAUCAUUACAACGUGAAUAUACAACUGGCGUUAAUUUACAUAAUAUCAUUACAAGUUUAAUUCAUUAA